GUGGGUGCUCUUAACCGAGCCUUUAGAUGACUCCAUACAAAAACUGCCAUAUUUUGACCUAAAAAACCCAUAUUAUCUGAGACUGAGCUCACUGCAUACACAGAUGCUGAGGUAAGCUUCAUCCCGCCAGUCGUAUGGUAAACAGUGUUGUGUGUGAUUAUAUAAGCUCGGGGAUCAGCCAUGGACGAUACCCAGUAGAAAACAAAAGCUGCUUCAUCCAACUUUCCUUCUAAUCGGCCAUUGCUGUCCCUGUAAAAUCGCAGUGGCAACAAACCCAAAAAAAAAAAUGGAUGCUGCAAAUGGGAAUUGCAUUGGGUGGGCCGCUAGGGAUCCUUCUGGGCAUCUCUCGCCUUACAAGUUCACCCGCAGAUCUGUAGGUACUGAUGAUGUCUCAAUUACCAUUAUGUACUGUGGAGUUUGUUAUGCCGAUGUUGCUUGGACAAGGAACAAACUUGGGCACUCCAAAUAUCCUCUUGUGCCAGGGCAUGAGAUUGUGGGGAUAGUGAGGGAAGUGGGACCUAAAGUUAGCGGGUUUAAAGUCGGAGAAUAUGUUGGGGUCGGAACUUACGUUAACUCUUGCCGAGAGUGCGAGUAUUGUGAAGAUGAAUUAGAAGUCUACUGCUCUAAAGGCCCAAUCUUUACUUUCGACAGUGUAGAUUUCGAUGGCACCAUCACCAAGGGAGGGUAUUCGAGUCACAUUGUGGUUCAUCAAAGAUACUGCUUUAGAAUACCGGAAAACUACCCAGCACAGCUAGCUGCCCCUUUGCUCUGUGCUGGAAUUACGGUUUACUCCCCAAUGGUGAAGCAUGGUAUGAAUCAGCCUGGAAAGUCUUUAGGUGUUAUCGGGCUUGGCGGGCUGGGCCACCUGGCGGUAAAGUUCGGGAAGGCUUUCGGGCUGAAGGUUAUGGUUUUCAGCACAAGCUUAUCCAAGAAAGAUGAGGCCCUCAAUCUCUUAGGGGCAGACGAUUUCGUAAUUUCCAGUGACGAGGAGCAGAUGAAAGCACUGAAUAAGUCUCUCGACUUCAUCAUAAAUACGGCUUCAGGGGACAUCUCGUUCGACUCGUAUUUGUCGCUGUUGAAGACAGGUGGCGUGCUCGCAUUGGUUGGGUUCCCAAGUGAAGUUAAAUUUAAUCCUGGGAAUCUCUCAAUGGGUGGAAAAACUAUUACAGGAAGUAUAACGGGCGGGACAAAGCAGACGCGAGAGAUGUUGGAUUUUUGUGCAGCUCACAAAAUUUACCCUGAAAUCGAAGUAAUUCCGAUUGAUUAUUCGAACGAGGCCUUGGAGAGGAUGAUAAAGAGGGAUGUGAAGUACCGGUUUGUGAUCGACAUUGCGAAUUCCCUCAAGUGAAACUGAGAUAAUUUUUUGUUUGGUAUUUUGCCUUUUCUCAUUCUAGUAACUGAUUUUUAGCUACUGGAUGUUCUUGUCACUCUAGCUCAAUAUCUGAAGAAUUAUGUUAUGUUUGGCUUUGUGUUUUUGCCUGAAUAAUGUAUCUAGCUUUGUGUUUUCAUGUUUAAACAUGAUAAAAGUCUGUUUAUAUUGGAAGGAGUAACUAAUAUGAUUUUCAGA